AUGUCUCCAGCCUCAAAACCCAUCACACGGUCCAAAGCCCUUCACAAGCGCUCGCUACAGGCGUGUCUAAUCUGUCGGUCAAGAAAAGUUCGAUGCGACGUGUCUGUCCAUGGCCAGCCAUGCACGAAUUGCUCUCUCGACGAUAAAGAAUGCCAAUUAUCAAAAACAUCAGCUGUUUGGACCCAGAAGGCUUCCGAUAGACGAUCCUUGCGGAAUGCAAUAAAGACCCCCGACACCCGGAGCAGUGACCUUGCCUCAAAUGUGACUGAACAGCUCAGUCUGGAUAGUCAGUUAUCGCUACCGCAGCUGACCAGCUCAAGUUUUUCAUUACAGACAGUGGGCGCCGGUGAGCCAUGGCAGAAUUGGCAGAUGGACCCUCUGGACUUCGCCCCCAUACCCGAGCCUGCCGCUUACGAUGGCUGGAGUUCCUCCAUGCCCACUGAGAAGCAGCCUCGUUUGGACCCUAUUGGAAAUAUCUUUCAGCACAGUACAGGGUCACCAAGUGACGCAGGAAGCCCAAAGGAUGGGGUCGUUCUAUACUCAUAUUUCCAGUCUCUGACAGUCGGGAACCUUCAUGCCAUUCCCUAUCAAGAUGUCACUUAUCUCGAGGCUCAAGGAUGCUUGCACGUACCAAAUCCCCUGAUCUUGGAUGUCUUUAUGAAGGCGUACUUUACAUACGCCCAUGUAUUCAUCCCUCUCAUUGACGAAGGAGAGUUCUGGGCAAUGUUUUCUCCAGCCACAAACAGUUCACAAAGGAUCUCCAUGUCGCUUCUCGUCCUUCGGGCAAUGCUAUUUGCUAGCAGUACUUAUGUACCUCUUCCUAUCCUGCGUCAGAUUGGAUAUCAUGACAUAUGCUCCGCAAGGGCUGAUCUAUAUCGGAAAGCAAAGCUUCUGUUUGAUAUGGAGGCUGAGACAUCUCAUUUACCACUGGCUCAAGCUGCAUUAAUGCUCAUGAAUUGGGUACCUGAAUCGCCUACGACAACUUCACCUGUACCCUAUAGAACAUGGCUUAGCUUAGCCAUACAUCAUGCCAAGCUCAUCAACGCCCAUCGCCACGCAGGAAUAUGUGACAUUGGAACAACAGCAAACGAACCGCGGUCAAAAACACUUCGAAGACUUUGGUGGUGUUGCAUUAUAUGUGACAGAUUGUCAUCUCUCGCUUGUCGCUUCCGUCUUCAGAUCACGCCUGAUAUGCUCGACAUGGAGAAUUGCGUACCGUUGGGUUUCGCCGAUUUACAGAGCGAGAUACAUCGAUCAAAUGUUUUCUCGCCUGCGACCAAGCGCCAACAUAUAUCUCUGUUCUCCAAGAACCUGAGCCUAUUAAUGUUGUUGACAGAGAUUAUCCCAGUUGUCUAUCCUUUUGAGACACAGCUUGAGUCAAGUCCAGACUCUUCGGCACAGGAAGAAGAGAAUAUCAGAAAGUCUUGUGAUCUUCUUGAGGAGUGGUAUAGUACAGCAAAGGCUGAGUUUCCUCCCUUCCAUCAACCUAUCGCGGCCGCGGAAACUGAUUCAGUGAAUUCCAUCGCUGUACAUACAAAUCUUAUGUACAUUUACUAUCAGUAUGUUCUGGAAAUCCUCGUCCUUAUGAAGUAUGGUCUGACAACAUCUAGCACGUCUUGCAUUGCUCUUUGCAAUCGUAGAGUCUUCACGCAGAUUUCAAGAAUGGGUAGCCCUGACUUUCAUCGUGACGAUUUCCAAGUCGACAACAGGAGUAACGAGAUCCGCGGGGAUGUUGAAGACUCUGUUCUGGGUCUGUCUAAAUGCAUAGGCUCACUAACAGGAUCUCACCUGACAAAAUAUCUUCCUAUCACAGUAACGAGCUGCCUUGCAAUUCCUCUUGCGUUGCACCAUGUGAACACAAGCCUAUCCAGCGAAGACGAGGUAGUCCCAAGCCCUCUGGGAGGUUGGCCCCCUUUUAGUUUCGACCCCGUACAGAAACACCUACAAGUCGUGACAGACGCAGCGGACACCUUUUCUGCUCAAUACUAUGGCUCUCAGUGGGUCAAGGAAGCAGCAGAACACGUGGCGAAACUGGCCCGGUCAUUCAACAAGCUUUCAUUGCGGUCAGGUCAAGAAGCGAUGAAAGACUGGGUCGACGUUCUGGCGAGGCAUCCCGAAGUAUAUCUGGGUCUUGUGUGGACUGUGGACAUGUGUGUUAAUCGGAGGAAGCUACCCGAAAGUGUAGAUUUUCCCCUGUGCCUCCGCAAUGAUGUAGAGAGGCUUAACGCAGCCCCUAAGAAAUCAGACCAUGAGAUGCUAGACUCUGAGUCUCUGGAUGGGCAGAAGGACAUUCAGCUUAGGCAGUCACUAGAUUAUCUCUUAGGUAUCCAGGAACCCAUGAUAGAUGUCUUAUAA